AUGGCUACUAGCAAAAGUGAUACUUAUAAUGAAGACGAGACAGAUGAAGAUGAUGCUGGAGAAGUCAGCAUCAAUGAGGACAAUACCAUUGAGGAUAAUGCCGAUGAGAAUGGCCUUGACGGAGAUGACACUGAUGAAGACGGUACUAGUGAGCAUGGUAUUGAUCAAGAUGAUACUGGUGAAAGCGAACAACAGCAAUCUACUCGGUAUCCACGUCGAUUCUCCGUUUCUGCCGCUUGGUCGUGA